AUGGAAAGAAUUUGCUGCUUACAAGAGCAGUUUGAUAAGGAUUUUUCAAAUCUGCCAGAUCCACAAAGCUCCCAUGAAUCAAUUGAUAGCACUAUAGAGGGUUUUUCUAACAGAGAUUUCAGCUUAAAGCUCAGCUUUCUCCGUCUCUGUCGUAUAAUGCACGUCACAAUGCUGCUUACUCUAGUUUACUUUGGUAAUGUUUGCCUGUGGUUCAUAAUGAGCAAGAAAAUGUCGCCCAAGUCGCUCAGAUACAGGUUUAAAGUCUCAAUACCAUCUUAA